GGCGGCGGCAGGUGGCGGCGGCGGCGGGAGGAGGAUGGCGCCGGGGGACGCGGAGCGGGCGCGGUACUGCGGGCGGCUCUCCUACCUCUGCCUCAAGUUCACCCUCAUCGCCUACUGCACCGCCUUCUGGAUGAUUGGAGCAUUUGUUCUCGGUGUUGGAAUUUAUGCAGAAGUUGAAAGACAAAAGUACAAAACCCUGGAAAGUGCCUUUCUAGCUCCAGCAAUUAUUUUGAUCCUUUUGGGUAUUGUAAUGUUCCUGGUAUCUUUUGUGGGUGUACUGGCUUCCUUAAGAGACAAUUUAUGCCUUCUUCAAGCAUUUAUGUACAUCCUUGGCAUUUGUUUGCUGAUUGAACUGACUGGUGGAGUUGUGGCACUGAUCUUCAGAAAUCAGACAAUCGACUUUUUGAACAAUAAUAUUAGAAGAGGAAUUGAGAAUUACUAUGAUGAUCUAGACUUCAAGAACAUAAUGGACUUUGUUCAAAAGAAGUUUAAGUGCUGCGGUGGGGAAGAUUUUAAAGACUGGUCGCAGAACGCGUAUCACAACUGUGCCGCGCCAGGACCGCUGGCCUGUGGAGUGCCUUACUCUUGCUGCGUCCGAAAUAAGACAGACAUUAUCAACACUAUGUGUGGAUACAAGACUAUUGACAAAGAGCGUUUGAGCGUUCAGCAUGUUAUAUACAUCCGAGGAUGCACAAAUGCAGUGCUUAUUUGGUUUUUAGACAACUACAGCAUCAUGGCGGGUGUUCUGCUUGGUAUAUUGUUACCGCAGUUCCUUGGCGUGUUGUUAUCUUUGCUUUACAUAACUCGAGUGGAAGAUAUCAUCACUGAACACAAGCUCGGCGAAAGACUUUUUGAGGGGACGCGGCAGACGUCGGAGCCUGAGUUUGCUGGCGCGGGCUGCUGUAUGUGUUACCCGGGGUGACUUCGGAAACCUCGCAUGUGGUUAAAAAGCGAAUCAGCCUGUUCUGGUUCGUACCUGCUCCUGCAGCUAUUACGGACUAUGGGUGUCAUUAAUCAGUGCUAACUCUUUCGGUGUUUUUGAAAACAACAUCAAAACCGGAGUCUGAUUUCUCUCUACCGUGUGACCUUACAUUUUUGAUGUCCUUCAGUGCGUUUUGGGUUGCCGCAGGGUCUCCCAGCAGCGUGCUCUGGGCGCCCUUCGGCCGUUCCCGAAGCGGAUGGGUCGGCCCGCUGUGCGCAGGGCGCUGCUCCGCCGCGUCUCCCGCGGCCGCUGCCGCCCCCCUCUCCACGGGGCCGGUGGGGAGCGGGCCGGGCGCGAGGGCGGCACGCGGCGCUGCUGCGGGGCGGCAGGGUCCCCCGGCCGCUUGCCCGAAACGUUAGCGCUUCUGCGGUGCUCAGUGGCACCGCGAUCGGAUGGCGGUUUUGGCACCAGCAUCGCGAAAGACGGGAAUGCUGCUGCCCACUGCUGGCCUGUGUCUCCCGUGCCGCCCUCGGCUGCGCUUUCCCCCGGGGAUCCUGCCGGCAGGUCGAUUUGUCAGUGAUUAAAUGUUUUUCCCGUGAUUACUGGAUGAUAAGGAAAACUUCUUCCUGGAAAGAUUUGAAGUUCGAUUUCUAGAAAGAGCCUUUGUACCUCGGUAUGCCGUGUUUAAGUGUUCGCCAUUUCAAAUCUUAUUUUCUUACUGGUUCCAGACCAAGAGUGAUUUCUUACUGAUCUAAAUGGUAAAUAUUAAACCUGUGUUUAAUAAUUUUUUCUUAUGCUAAUCUCAAUCAGUUUACUGACAAUAACGGAUGUAACGCUGAACACUUUCAUUUCUCAGUCUUUCGUGCCUUUUAAUAACGGGGCGAAUGCCAGUGUUGAAUCAGUCAGGUAAUGCUUUGAUAUGUUUUUAAUGCGAUUUAUUACUAUAUGGCUUUUG